CUUUAGCCCACUAUAAUUUAGCAUCUACCAAAGUCCUACAGGUAGAGGAUAUAUUAUAUUCGGUGCUUGGGGGACGCUGAUGGAAUAUGACAGGGUUCAUCUGGAUUCAGCGCAGAUAAUCCAAGAGCUCUGAUGACAGAAAAGUCCUUUCUCGAUGUCACACACCUACAACAGACUCAGAGACUAAACCUACAGAUGACAUUAACUGUCAUAAUGAAGAAGAUCAAGACAGUGGUCCAAGGAACAGAAAGACAUAGAUGAUUGUUGCAUUUGUUUCUUGUAAGAUACAAAGCAUCUCACAAGGAAGAGCAUCCAUGGAAAAGAAUCAGCGUUCACCUAGUCCUUUAAAAUCUGAGUAUGGCACAUUUGAGAAAUUGAAAUGUUACCAAGUUGGUACACCUUCUGGAGAUCACAUUAAGUUUUCUACUCACGCUAAGGAGGAGUCGUGUCCACUUAAAGAAGAAAAUUCCAUGAACACCAACAGAUUUAUUGAACAUAUAUCUGUACUUGUAAAGAAGGAACCAGGUGAUGAAGAACAAAUGACAGACCCUAAUUUUUCUUCCACAUAUAAAAUUGUUCAGGUUCCGGAGGAAGAAGCUUCUGAUGAAUACAUUGAAACUUUCACCUUACAAAAUUGUAACCUUUCUGAGUCCAUUCCUGCUCUUCACAUGUCCAAGGACAAUGUUAUGGAGCCUGACCAAACAGCAACCAACACACAGAUGGACCUUAUCUGCUUAUUAUGUCGAGAUGAAUUUUUAUGUCAGGAGGAUCUUCUUGCACAUACGGAGAUUCAUGGUCGAGAAACUGUAACCUUAUCAAAGAGUUUAAAGGCACCUACAGGUGAACCAGGCUUUGAAGCCCAAGCUAAAUCUGUUAGACUUUUUAUAUGCUCCUAUUGUGGCAAAUCUUACAGUCGUAUAACUCAUUUCAAAGUGCAUCUGAGGAUUCACACAGGAGAAAGACCUUUCACAUGUAAUGAAUGUGGCAAAUGCUUUAUUCGGAAAUCAGAGUUAAUCUCCCAUCACCGGAUUCACACAGGAGAGAAGCCAUUUGCCUGUUCUGUCUGUGGGAAGAGAUUUGCUAAUCGCUCAAAUGUUAACUCUCAUGAGAGAAUUCAUACAGGAGAGAAGCCCUUUGCUUGUCCAGACUGUGGGAAGUGUUUUACUGAUAGCUCUGGACUAUACACACAUAAAAGAGUCCACACACGUGAAAAGCCAUUUUUAUGUUCUGACUGUGGAAAGUGCUUUCCUACUCGAUCACAUCUCAUCACACAUCAGAGGUUUCAUACAGGAGAGACUCCAUUCUCUUGUUCCGAAUGUGAGAAGAGUUUUAUGAGCAGCUCCAUGUUGUCCACACAUCUGAAGACACACUCUCAAGAAAAUUCUUUUGUAUGUGCUGAAUGUGGGAAAAUUUUUGCCUGUAACGCAAAUCUGAUGACACACCAGAGAAUCCACACAGGGGAGAAGCCAUAUUUCUGUCCAGACUGUGGGAAAUGUUUUUCAGACCGCUCAUGUUUUUCGGUACAUAAGAGAAUACACACUGGUGUCCAACCAUAUACCUGUGCACAGUGUGGAAAGUUCUUCCCUAGUCGGUCCCAUCUGGUUAGACAUGAAAGGAUUCACACGGGGGAGAAACCAUUUUCUUGUUCAGAAUGUGGAAAGGGUUUUAACUCCAAAACAAUUCUGGUAGCCCAUCAAAGAAUCCACACUGGGGAAAAACCAUUUUCCUGUAAAGAGUGUGGAAAAUGUUUUAGAGGUGGGUCAGCCGUUAUCGCUCACCAGAGGAUCCAUACAGGGGAGAAGCCAUUUUCAUGUUCGGAAUGUGAAAAAUGUUUUACAGACCAUACAGGCCUCAUCACACAUCGAAAACUUCACAUUGGGGAUAAAGCUUAUAAAUGUCCAGAGUGUGGGAAAUGUUUUGUGUUGAGGCACUAUUUGACCAGGCAUUUAGCAAAGCAUGAACUUGAGGCUCCAGGUUCCUAAUGAUGGUGGUUGCUGCAGACAUGAUAUAUGGCCUGGAUUAGAUUUCAGAGUCUGGUGAUGUGAACAUGGCAUGUACUGAACAGCAGUUUUGGUCAUGGUUGUUAAUACCAUACUUAACUGAUUACCUAAAUUGUUGUAAAGUUGUGUAAAACGGUAACAUUUCAAAUAUGCCUCUUUCCCCCAUGGCUACUGGCUGGUUCCCACCCAUUUUCUGCCACAAUGCAAUAAUGCUGCAUCAUCCCUAGAAGAAGCAUGACAAU